GUGACGGCGUCUGGUUUACUUUGCAGGGUAUAUUGGUGGAUAUAAAACGUCUGCGUUAAUUAUAUGUAUUUAUAAGUGAUCAGUGCGAUCUUCGCAACCGAAAAAAUACUCGAUAUUAGUAGAGAUAAUAUUAACGGAUCAGUCUCGUUUUAUUCGUCCUGGAGGUAAGAAGUGUUAAUUUGAACGGUAAUAGAUAGUACGUGCGUGAUUUCGUUUCAAUCUUAUCCGGUUGAAGAUUAUUCUAGAGACUUUUGAAUAAUUUAAAAAGUGAAAAUGAUACGCAUUGCGUUAGUUUUUAUUGCAUUCGUUGUAUAUUCAAAUACACAAAGCACAGGUCGGCUUGCUGGUACAGGAUCAUGUCCCGAGAAGCGUGGUUUCUACCCAAUUGGUGGUCAAUGUGAUGCAUACAUUGAAUGUGUCGAUGGUGUCCCACAGGAGCGCCUCUGCCCCGACGGUUUGCUCUUCAAUGAGGAUACCGGCCCACAUGCCUACCCUUGCCAAUAUCCCAUCGAUGUAGAUUGUAGAGCACGAUCAUCCCUGCAACCGGCCCAACCUACUGAACGAUGCCCACAUCAAUAUGCUUACUAUCGCAGCGGGGACAGCCGCGAUUGUGGAAAGUUCGUUAAUUGUGCAGCUGGUAUCGCUUAUGAUUUUAACUGCCCAGAAGGUUUGGCCUGGAACAAGGACACCUACAAAUGUGACUGGCCCGAUCAAGUUCCAGAUUGCGAUGUUGAGGCUUUCUUGGGAUUCAGCUGUCCACAAAUUGCUAAGAGUCCUGAAUUGGGUGAUGAAGAAACCCGUUUCUAUCGGUCAAAUGCGGAUUGCAUCCACUAUUUUGCUUGCGUAAAUGGCCGACCACGCAUGUUUAGAUGUGCUGAUGACCAGGCUUAUAAUGUGGAGACAAAUCAAUGCGAAGAUGCUGCUAAUGUUACCGGUUGCGCACUGCCACCAGAUGCCCAAUACAGACAGCAACAACCUAAGUUGGUGACAGUGCAAUACCGACAACAACCUAAACCUACCCCCACCCCAGCUUUCUCUCCUUUCUCACAAUUCCGUGGUUAAAAUUUGUUAUUAGUUUCGUGUGUGCUAUGAAAUAUAUUUUAGAAUCCUCAAUUAAUUUUCCAGAGUCUAGUCGGGGAAAACCUGUUUUUUUUAUAUUUUUAUGAAAUGUACUUUGAUUUUGAAAUAAAUUGUACAGAUUGUCGAUAAAUAA